UAAAAGGCAAACCAAACACUGCCUAAGUAACGUGAUCCAGUUGGAUCAACCCAAGAUUAGUCCACUGGCCAGAGAACAGAACAUGUGGUUUUCUCCAAGAGCAAGAAGCAGCGAAGGAGGCAAUCGGGAAAGAGAUAGGGAAUGAUGGGGUCAUCACUAUCAGCUUCUCCGCAGCCGAUGUGGCGGGUCCCGAUACAACCCUUGAAUCUCAUUACAACCGUCGCUUCUCUCCGCUUUGGCUUCCUUGUGCACUCCUCCUUCAAGAAUAUCUCUCAUCUCUAUCAUGUUCCUAGAUUGAAGGAUGUGUGGCAUGAAAAGGCCUCCCAGUUGCAGGGAAUUGACGUUCUUCAAUUUUCAAAUGAUGUCUUUGCAUCCACAUGUUCAUCUUGCUUGUGUUUCUUCAAUGGAGGAGGGACUAGAAAGGGCUUUAGAAAUGAGGGAUCGCCAAACUUGGAGACAUACGGGAGAAGUUCAUUUAAUGGAAGACAAUGGACUAAUAUUCUUCUCGCUAUCAAUAUCUUAGUUUAUUUUGCGCAAAUUGCUACCCGAGGAAAGCUGUUAUUCUGGGGUGCUAAGGUUAACAGUCUUAUUGACAAGGGACAAUUUUGGAGGCUGGCCACUUCUUCUGUUCUGCAUGCAAAUAUUGGGCACCUCAUGGUUAAUUGCUAUUCUUUGAAUUCUGUUGGUCCUACCAUUGAGAAUCUUAGUGGCCCAAGGAGAUUUAUUGCAGUUUACCUCACCUCUGCAAUUGCAAGUUCAGCAAUGAGUUACUGGUUCUGCAGAGCACCUGCAGUCGGGGCCUCAGGAGCCAUCUUUGGAUUAGUUGGAUCUCUUGCAGUGUUUGUCAUAAGACAUAGAAGAAUGAUCGGAGGUGGCAAAGAAGAUCUACAGAACAUAGCUAAAGUGAUAUUCCUCAAUAUGAUGAUCGGUUUAUUAACAAAAGGCAUCGAUAACUGGGGACAUCUGGGAGGCUUGCUUGGUGGAGUUGCCACAUCUUGGUUUGUUGGACCUGCAUGGCAGUAUGGCACCCAGUCGCAUGAUGGUCGAAGAGUUUUCGUAGACAAGGCACCAAUCAGGUAUCUGACCAACAGAAAGACAGAACCGAAGAACUUUGGUUAAAUUGUUGAUUUUGCUGUGGAGCUCCGGUGGACUGUAAAUAAGAAAGGCCCUGUUCAAUUGAAUUGAAUGCAAAUUGGCUAUGCCUUGCAUUAUGCUUUUUGUGCAGUGGCUUUAAUUUUCUCUGGUGAUAGAACUAGUUUUCUGGUGGGAUACCAUUAAAAUCUUUAAAAUAGAUGAAAAACCAAAUAUGAAGAGCUGAAAGGGAAACUGGAUUUCUAAUUUUAUUCAGAAUAUAUAUGUUCUUGCUUAGCAAAA